AUGCGCGGCUUCAGGCUUUAUUGAAAUCAAUCAGCUGGCAGACGUUGAAUUCGGCGCGUAUUUGACGUGCGGUAAAAUUUUUGCAGGUGAAUUUUUCAAUAGAAAUUGUUGUAAUAAUCGGACAUUAAAAUGUCGAGAAGCACCCGUCGUAGCAUCAGAGGUCGAUCAAGUGAGGUUCUGCAAGAGUUAGAGCUAGAAGAAACCAAGGAAAAUUCAACACCUCGACGUAGAGGUCGACAAAAAAAGAACGACUUCAUACCAGAGGAAGAUGCUGAAGUAUCCCCCAAAAAACGUACCAAAGUAAGCCCUGCUAAGCAGGAGAAUAUUAGCGUCAGUGCUGUGGGUAGUUUACCGGAACGGGAACGCGAAACUGAAGAAUUGGCGAAGUACAUUGAAGACGUUUUAGCGGAGAAUGGAUCCGGGAGUUUGUACAUAAGUGGCCCACCAGGAACGGGUAAAACAGCCACGCUCACGAGAAUAAUAAGCGAUCGUAAGUUAGCCAGCAAGAUUAAAAUGGUAUACGUAAAUUGUACCUCUAUGAGUAGUGCAGGAAGCAUCUAUAAGAAAAUAUGCGAAGAACUGCAACUUUCAUCGGCAGGCACAACGGAGAAAUUUUACCUUAGUGCUAUCGAAGAGUAUCUAAAGAAAAAACACAAGACUAUUAUGAUGGUACUGGAUGAAAUUGAUCAACUUGCCAGUAGUAAGCAGACUAUUCUCUACAAUAUUUUCGAGUGGCCAGCCAAGCGGGAUUCUAAGCUCAUUCUCGUAGGAGUUGCCAACGCACUCGAUUUGACGGAUCGUCUUUUGUCCAGACUUCAAGCCAGAUGCGAACUACGACCUCAUUUAAUACAAUUCUUGCCGUACACAAAACCCCAAUUGGUUAACAUCCUGAAGAAUAGUCUACGACAGAACAAUACUUGCGAACUGUUCAAUGACGCGGCGCUGCAUUUAUUGGCAGCUAAGGUUGCAUCCACAUCUGGUGAUGCCAGACGUGCUCUAUUGCUUACCAAGAGUUUGGUGGAAUCAGCCGACAAAGAUCAACGUCAAGAGCGAAAAUCUGCUGCAAAGGCUGUGGGACAAUCAAAAGUUGAAACAAAACCAACAUCUCCCCCGAAAGUUGUUCAAAUUAAACAGGUUGUGAGUACACUAAAUCAAGUUUACGGGUCGACGCAAAACAUGGAUGAAGACGCAGCUUUUCCAUUGCAACAAAAACUUCUAAUUUGUUCGCUAUUGCUUGUACUGAAAGCGGGCAAAAGUAAGGACGUGACCGUAGGAAAACUGCAUCAAGUGUACAAGGCUGUGUGCGCGAAGCAAAAUCUACAGUCGGUUGAUCAGACGGAAUUUACAAACCUCUGCUCGCUUGUUGAGACACGUGGAGUUUUGCGCAUGGUUGGCAAGAAGGAAGCACGCAUGAAUCGGGUCCUGCUACAAUGGGAUGAAGAUGAGGUGCACAAUGUUCUUAACGAUAAGCAACUCAUAGCCAGCAUUCUCAGCGAUAUGUCAUGUGUCGGGAAAUAAUGGCCCAGGUUUUCAGGUAUAGUUUUAGGUUUGUUUUAUGAAAUUGAGUUAGCUUUUAUUUAUUUUCGAGUACAGUUUUAUUAAUAAAUAAAUAACAAAUGAACUGCUGAAUUU